AUGAAGGACUAUGAACAGAUCUCAGAAAUUUUCAUUCACAGUCAAAUGCUUGGAACAGUAACAAACAUUGAACCAUAUGAAGAAAGUGUCAUUCAUGAAUUUUACAACAAUCUGGGAGCAGGAAUAUCAACCCCAAGUGAUCCAAUGUACGGAAAGAUCUACCUAAGAGGUAAAUUCUAUGACUUUACACCCUCCCUGAUUAAUGACUACAUGGGCACCUCAACCACAGAAAACUCUGCAAGCAUCAAUAGUGAACAAGUUGCCCAAGAACUGACAGCUGGUAAUGUAAGCUUUGAAAAGAACAAAAUCAAAGCAGCCUCACUGACAAGCAAGUAUGCCAUACUCCAAAAGAUUGCUCUAGUCAACUGGAUGCCCUCACUCCAUGAAAACACUAUUAAGUGGAGUCUAGCAGAACUACUAUACAAGAUUGGUAAAAGAAUCAAGAUCAACUUUGGAGAGAUUGUGCACAGCCAGAUCAUGAAUUUAGUAGGAAAUGGAACACCCAAAGCUUCUCUAUUAUUCCCCAACCUGAUUUACACACUGUUGGUCCAACAAGCACUCAAGCAACAGAAACCCAUAAUUCCAGUCAAAACACUCUCAAUAACCAUCAAACUAAGGAAGGGAACACACCAAAAUGACUUGACAACUACCAUUCCAAAGGAAGAUCCAACAGAUAAAACCAUCAUCCUAAAAUACUUCCAGAAAAGACUAAAAGAAAUAGAGAAAGAAGAGAAAAGGAUCACAAAGAGACAUCUAGAACUCAAAGAAGAAAAAACAGAGGUACUACAGUGGCUGUAA